AUGACCCCACGGAGCACCAAGGAAGAUGAGGCUCCCCAGGGCUCCUUGGAGCAACAAGACACCGCGAACGGAGUACAGCCUAAGGAUGGACCCAGGAAAGUGUCGGGGAAGCGCUCGCCGGAUUCAGACAGCGACGAGAACUCGAAAUGGAUUCACCGAGAUAAGCUUGCCAAGAUAGAGAGCGCGGAACUGCAGGCCGCGGGGAUCUUUGUCCCCCGUCAAAGAGACAGGGCGAGGUCAAAGAGCCAAAACAGGCCGAGGCGUGAUCAGAGCCAAGAUAAGAUGAAUGGGUCGGGCAGGUCGAUCGGAGGCUCGGAGUACACAGUUUCAAGGUCGAGGAAGAACUCGGCGGCAACGACGACAGACGUAAGGCUCCUUGAACAACCGGCUACCCCUAGCUGGGAUUUGCGGCGGCCUGAAGAGAUUCUUGAAGAAGGAGACGGGCACUGGAUGGCGAAUGGUAACGGGAAGGGCUCGUCCCGGAUACCCGUGGCAAAGACCAGCCCUGUGCCGCUACCGAACGAGCACCUCGCACGAGACACACGACUGGCGCGGAAACGGGAUGGCAGCCCCGGCGGAGAGGAAACCAUAACGUACCCUAAAACCCGUACGAGGAGUGGUAGCACAGGCAACGCGCUGGGACUUGCGAAGCCCGCAGGCAUGGCUUCGACGCCGCAGCCAAACAAACGGCCUGAUUCUUCCCCGAAGAAGCCCGGCACAGGCACAGCGGCGAGAAAGCCAAAGCCGGCCAACGGGGCUGCAGGACGACCAAAGACGCGAGGCGGCCCGAGCAAGGACUCGACGAGCAGCGGCACCGGGACUCGACCAUCCACCCGAUCCGGCGAACGUGAGUUCUCUAGCAACAACUCCAAACCGAUGGAGGGUGAGCCUCCAUGGAUGGUUUCGGCUUAUCGGCCCGACCCACGGCUACCCCCAGACCAACAACUACUACCGACGGUGGCGAAGCGGUUGCAACAGGAGAAGUGGGAGCGGGAGGGUAAAUUCGGGAGCAUUUACGACAAAGAGUUUAGGCCGCUCACUGACGAGGGCUUCCUCAAGCCCCCCGAGGCCGGCGCCCAGGAUAAGGAGGAGGUCGAGAAGCAAGUCGAGGAAGAACAAAAAGAAGAGCAGGGAGACUGGCCACUCAAAGCAGAACCCAAGAGCCCGACGCUUCCCGGGAGAACGAAUUCUUACUCCACCAUGCCCAGGAUUUCCGACGCACCGGCCGCCAACUCUAUAUCGAGUCCCAGGACGCCGGCGCAUCAAGCUCAACCGUCACAAACGCCAGGGGUGCCAGAACCCACCGAUGAGCCCGAGGAUAAGAAAGCAGGCUGUGGUUGCUGCAUUGUGAUGUGA